UUGCACGCUAAUAACGGAACAACUUUUCAGUACUGCCAGUACUGGUAGUGUAUAUCGGAACUUACGGCUUAAAUUAAGGUAUAAAUCGUCUUGUCCAUUUAAUAAGAAUAAAAACUUUUUUAUCUGACGAUGAAUUAUAUUAUUGAAAAAUAAAGAUAUUUAAGAAGAUAAUCAAGAAAGUCUUCAAAGGCAAUUCAAAUAAGUGACAUCCUCAUACUAUCAAAUAUAUAAAGCACGAUACCUAUGCAAAUAGAUUUUAGGAUAUAAGUUGAUUCAAAAUUGUCUACUGAUCCAUGAUAUUUGCCACGAUGACUUUUACUUAUGUCAAAUACUGAAAAAUUUCAAGACAUGUGUGUAUGUGCUAUAACUUCAUUGGAAUUUGUGCAUUAUAAAUAUUAUUAAGCUGAGCUUGUUAUAAUAAUUAUGAAAAGAAGGCAUGGAUGAACAUAACAGCGAUCUUUAUGAACAACAGCUUUAUGCUGUGUUUGAGAGUUGUUUGACAAAAGGAAAGGAUGAACUUGAAGAAAAUAAUUUACCUUCUAUAUGUAGCAAAUUACAUCUUGAUGGAUUAACCGAAGAAUUAAAAUCAUGCAUUUGUAAACACGCAGAUAAGCAAAGUAUAUCCUUUCAAGAAUUUCGGGAUGGUUUAUUACUUCUGUUGAAAAGAUUUCAAGGAUUAGUUACAGAUAGACAGUGUAUUGUACAACCUUAUUAUAAUUUGAAUACAUGUAAUGUCGAUAUCAAAAAGAAUGAGCUUUCAACACCAAUUAAUAACGUAUCUAAAGUUCAUCUUCAGGAAAUAGAGGCUAGAAUCACAAUGGAUGAGAGUAAAUUGAUACACUUCUGGGAGAAGAUCAAAAUUUACUUGAGGGAUUACACAGAUUCUACAGCUAUGCAAUUCAUAUUGAGUUGUGCAGGAAUUCCAGAGCUUCCAAAACAAAUCAUAGAAUUUAUCUUCGAGAGACUCGACCAGAACUGUGAUGGUUUGAUUAGCUUUGAUGAAUUUAUCAUUAUAUUCCAGAAGAGAAGGAGCACAGAAGCCUUGCAGGAACAUAAUGAAUCUCAUAGUAUUGUAAACUGUAAUGUAAAUACAUUAGAUUUCAGUAUAUAUGAGCCUCAUGGAACUGAUUCUAUACAGGCUGACAAGAGUAUAGAUAAAGAGGAAGUUGCUGGUAUUUCUCGCGUGUCGACGAUAUUGCCCAAUAGAGAUCUCAAUAUCUUGGAUUCCAGUCUAGUAGAAGUAACGAGUAUUAUAUGUGACGAACUUAAAAGUUUGAAUGAAACGUUAGAUGACGAUACCAUCCAGUCUCAUAUCAGCUUACUACGUGAGAUGCUUACGCUUUAUCAGAAUGAGCAACGCAAUCUGAGCAUCCUGAUAGAAAACAUGAAAGCAGAGAAGGAAAAGAUGCGUAUCGACAUGUUAGAAGCUAAUGAACGGGCGAAUUUAUUAGCGCAGGAGAUCGAUGAACAUCAGGCACAAUUGGAGAAGACUAAAGAAAGUCUUCAGAAACAGAGUCAACAGCGUUAUGCCGAAAUCACAAAAGAACUGUCAAAUCAGCUAAAUAUUGAGCGAGAAAUAGAUGCUGCAGCCUUAAAAUCAAAAGACGAUCAACUACAAUUAUUGCAAAGGGAGAAUCAUGAUAUGAAAAAUAAAUUGAUUAACACAUUGCAAGACAAUCAAAUGCUUGAGGCAGAGAACGGGACUCUCUUAGGCCAAAUUGAAAAGCUCAGGCAAUCCAACAAUGAUUUGUUAACAAGGAUGAAAAUGUUAGAUGCGGAGCAUGAUGAGAUACAAAGUCUAGAAGCGAAGCAACAGGAGCAAGUGGAUUUUUUUGUCAAUCGCAUCAAGCAGCUACAGUUGGAAGUGACCCUCUUGCGAGACCAAAACGACGAGCUCAAUGCGGAACUGGAAACUUUGAAGUGUUAUAGCAACGAUAUAAGGCAAAACGAGACACUGUCCUCUUUGGCGUAUGAUUUACAAUUGGACGAAACUCCAGAUGAAAAUCGCAUAACGACGUCACAAUCGUUCCAAGAGGCCCGACAAAUCGAUGCGAAAGUUCCAUUUGAGUUUAAUUUUUCAUCAAACGAAGGGCAGCUCGACACAUCAGAUUCUGGUGUCGUAAAUGUUGAAAAGCUAAGAAAUAUGUUUGUUAAAAAUCUAGAGAAUGUGCUAUUGACAAGUACGAAGUGCAUUUCAGAAAAAUGUGCAUUGAGCAAUAGUGUAGCGAGAUUGAUCAAUAAUCUGCAAUCGAAUCUUUCGCUGCAUUGCUCCACGCGGGAUUUUGGGAAGAGCAUAGCGUCUGAGCUCGAAAUGGAAUGCGAGAAACGGACACACGAAUCACUACGAGAUUUAGUCGUUUCCAAAGCACCGAAAUCGCUUCUGACGAAACGUACAAUGAUGUCGAACAGCGCAGAAGAUCUUGACGACUUCGCCGAUCAAGACGUAAAGAGUGCAACGCAAAAUAAGACAACAAGUCUCAGAGAUUACCCACCACGGAAAGAAGAGCACUCCGCGGAACAAUGCAGAACUAAUAAGGAGAAAGAUAGUUCCCUGGACAUCACUGAGGUUGAAAAUACUUCGAAGAAUAUCUUGUUGAACGCAAGAUUGCAAGAGCUCGAGGCGAAACAUGUGACAGAGAAGAAGCAGUUGACAGAGCGCUGCUCGGAACUUGAACGCAGUCUAGAUCUAUUGAGAGCCGAAUAUGAAGAAUGCGAAGAUUAUUGGGCCGCUAAACUUGAGGAAGAGAGACAACUCUUUGAGCAAGAGCAAAAGAUCAGUGACGACAAGCUUGCUGAGCUUAUUAAUAAAAUAGCGGAAUACGAAGAAUUAAUUAGUCCUUUAGAUAAGUCGAAAAAUAACGGACGAUUGUCCCCGAUAGAUGAAAAGUUUAAUUUGGAGCAACAGUAUAUAGAUCUUGAAGAGGAAUUUGAGAAAUGGAAGAUAAAAACUGAGAAUGAAAUCUCCCAGAAGAAUUUGGAGAUAGGGGAUCUGCGUGAGAAAUUAAGAUUAACGGAGCAACUAGUCACAAGUGAUUCGUGGGUGCAAGUACCGGAUGAAAUCUCUUUGCGAACAUUGUCGAAUCUGUCGCAAUGUAAAUCUUCCAGUGCGUCUAGCAUCCCGUCGAUGAAUGAGCCAGUCGAGAAUUUAGAUCUACAAACAUCUGAUACAAACAAUCAAACGUAUUAUAGCUCAGAACACCCAUCAUCUAAUGAUUCUAACAGGCUAAUAAAACAAGAUCAAAUCGACGGUGUUAAUUUGAACAUUACGCGUGACGAAUGUUCCACGAAGGAAGUGAAAACCACGCAUAAGGAUAAGAAAAACAAAAUAUAUCAAAAGAGAUCGCACGUUGGUACUAAGGUGAAGGAGAAUGAUAAGUGUGAUUCAGAUUUCACAUGGAUGCAUAAUGUACUGAUGCAAAGUUUGAACGGAGUUAACUGCCAUUGUACACAGAAUAAUACGCAGCCACGCAUGUGUUGCAUUGACCCGAGCGUUUUGCAGAAUCUGAACAUGAAACUUUACGCACAAGAACGUAAGAAACGACAGUUACAGCAUUACUUCAAACGACAACAGCAACAAGUUGAAAAAAUCUUACAGCGUAUUAUGACGCAACAUCAAACGGAAUUAUUUGAAUUACAGUGCCUCCUUCGUAAUACACAAGAAAGGCUCCAAGUACAAGUUCAAACGACCGUUGAUCAGGCCGACAGAUUAGCUAAUGCUGACAUAUUAGUAAAGGAUUUAUAUAUAGAAAAUGCAUGUCUCACAGAGCACAUAAAGCGUCUGCAAGAACGAUGUCUCAUCUUGAGCGGCCUCAGUAUGGAAACUACUUCAAUGUGAUGUUCAAGUAACUAUUACGGGUAUGAUAAGUUCAAUUUAUGCGUCAUUGUGUGUAUAUGUACCGAGCAAUUAUAAAUUAUUUAUUUUUAUGCGAUUAUUAGCAAUUAUACGGAUUACGUCGUGAAGCCCCGAUGACUCAGGGAUGCAUAAGGUUGGGAAAUGUAUAUUGUGUAGCACAAGUGCCUUUAGUUUUUAAUUUAAAUUUAAGACUAAAGUGAGACAAACUUCGCUUUAAUCGACAUCAUAUUACUUAGCAAUGAAAAUUUGAUUUAUAGGGGCAAUUAUCUUAUAAAUAAUAUAUAGUAAAAUAUUACGUGCGUAUACAUGCACGCACACGUAAGUACACACACACACACACACACACACACACACACAUAUGUUCAUUCACUCACACCACAUACAUUCACUCAUUCACUCACUACACAUACCUAAGAAAAGAAUGAAGAAAAGUAAUCGUAACCGGAAUUGCGAGAAAGUUCUCUUUUUUACAAUAAUUUUUUCUUAACUGUUCAAUUGUACUAAAUGUAUUUGCCCUGAUGCAAAGCAAAUAUUCGGAUAUAGUUAUCUCACCUUAUGCAGAGUCAUUUAGUGUGCACAUGUAAAACAUUAUUACACGGAAAAUUAGAAUUUAUUAGAAAAAAAUUAUAAAGAAUCUCGCUUCCGUUGUUUCUCUAUAAAUAAUUGAUAGAUGCGGGCGUGCACACAAAUGCAUAUGCAUAUGCAAAUACGUAUGUAAAGGAGACUGAAAAAUAUUCCCUAGAAAUAAGUAAUUCUACGUUUAAUGAUGUAGUUACAGUCUAUUGCAAGACCGAAUGUAAGUCACUAUAAAUUAGUUUCUUAAAUAUUUCUAAAAUAAUGCAAAUUAAGAAAGCUGAUCCAACAGAAAGAAAA